CUCUCUGCGGGGUUGUGCUGUGUUGUCCCUGGGCACUGAAGAAAUUAUCUCCCCCUUGCCUGGCUCUCCCCCACCCCGCUCCGUUGCUGGGCACGCUGCAGGGGGCGGCGGUGGCAUCAGUCUCUGUGGGUGGGUUACAUUUGUGCAGCAUCCCAGCAGCCUCUCGCGCGUGCUCCCUCGCGCGCGCUCUCUCUCCCCUGUAGAAAAAGAGCCAGACCCAGUGGGGGAGUCUGUCUGCCAGCCAAGUGCUGCUCCCUGGUGCUCAGAGGCUGCUCCAUCUCCAACUCUCUCUCAUUCAUUUCGCCGGCUAACAUGAGAGAUCAUGGCCGCCUUCGGGCUCCUCAGCUAUGAGCAGAGACCUCUCAAACGGUCCCGCUUGGGGCCGCCCGACGUCUACCCGCAGGACCCCAAGCAGAAGGAGGAUGAACUUACGGCUGUGAAUGUAAAGCAGGGUUUCAGUAAUCAGCCAGCCUUCUCUGGAGAUGAACAUGGGUCUGCUAGAAACAUUGUCAUUAAUCCUUCAAAGAUUGGCGCUUAUUUUAGCAGCAUAUUAGCAGAGAAGUUAAAACUUAAUACUUUCCAGGACACAGGAAAGAAGAAACCACAAGUAAAUGCCAAAGACAAUUACUGGCUAGUUACUGCUCGUUCCCAGAGUGCAAUUCACAACUGGUUUGCAGAUUUAGCAGGAAAUAAACCACUGAUUAUCCUAGCAAAAAAGGUACCCAUUUUGAGUAAAAAGGAAGAUGUAUUUGCUUAUUUAGCAAAAUAUUCUGUGCCGCUGCUGCGAGCGGCAUGGUUGGUCAAGAUGACAUGUGCCUACUAUGCUGCUGUUUCUGAAGCUAAAAUCAAGAAACGCCAGGCUGCUGAUCCAAAUCUUGAAUGGACUCAGAUUUCAACCAGAUAUCUUCGAGAACAGCUGGCAAAGAUUGCAGAAUUCUAUCACAUGACUGCAAGCCAAGGCAGCUGCUCUCUAGCUAUGCCGCCUGAGGUGGAACAAGCCUUGAAGCAGUGGGAAUAUAAUGAAAAGUUGGCAUUUUAUAUGUUUCAGGAAGGAAUGCUUGAAAGGCAUGAAUAUUUAACAUGGAUACUGGAUGUCUUGGAAAAAAUAAGGCCAGCUGAUGAUGAACUACUAAAGCUCCUGCUACCACUAAUGCUUCAGUAUUCAGAAGAGUUUGUACAGUCAGCCUACCUGUCACGCCGCCUUGCUUAUUUCUGUGCCAGACGUGUCUCUUUAUUGAUAAGUGACAGUCCUAACCUCAUAGCUACACACUCGCCUCGUAUUAUUAUUGGACCAAAUAAUCCUCCUCUAGCAGCUCCAAGUCCAACUACAACGGGUCCUGUGGUGAACCCUGCGCAGCCAGCCUGUUCAGAUUUCCUUUCCUGCCUACAACAUCGUCCACUUGUUUACGGACUCAGUUGUAUGUUGCAGACUAUAACUCUCUGUUGCCCAAGUGCCUUGGUGUGGAAUUAUUCCACAAAUGAAAGUAAAAACACCAAUCCAGGUUCUCCUUUGGAUUUACUUCAAGUUGCUCCAUCUAGUUUACCUAUGCCAGGAGGAAAUUCUGCAUUCAAUCAGCAGGUUCGGGCAAAGAUUUAUGAAGUAGAACAGCAGAUAAAACAAAGAGGCCGUGCUGUGGAAGUGCGAUGGUCGUUUGACAAAUGCCAAGAAUCAACUGCAGGGGUUACUAUCAGCCGCGUUUUGCACACGUUGGAGGUUCUGGAUAGGCAUUGCUUUGAUAGAUCAGAUUCUAGCAAUUCAAUGGAAACUCUUUAUCACAAGAUAUUCUGGCCAAAUCAGAAUAAGGAUAACCAGGAGGUUGCACCAAAUGAUGAAGCUGUAGUAACAUUGCUUUGUGAAUGGGCCGUGAGCAGUAAAAGGUCUGGCAAGCACAGGGCAAUGGCUGUUGCCAAGUUAUUGGAGAAGAGGCAAGCUGAAAUUGAGGCAGAAAGAUGUGGUGAGGUAGAAGUCUUGGAUGAAAAGGAAUCCAUUUCUUCAGCAUCACUUGCUGGAUCCAGCCUUCCUGUUUUCCAGAAUGUCCUUCUUAGAUUUUUAGAUACCCAAGCCCCUUCAUUAUCUGAUCCAAACAGUGAAUAUGAAAAGAUGGAAUUUGUGAACCUGGUACUGCUUUUCUGUGAAUUUAUACGACAUGAUGUUUUCUCCCAUGAUGCUUACAUGUGCACUUUAAUAUCACGUGGAGACUUAUCAGUCACUGCAGCCACUAGAUCGCAUUCGCCAACUGGGGAAAAUGUGGAUGAACGCUAUUCUAAGGAGCAAGAUGUGAAACUGGAGGAGCAUAGUAUUAUGGAACAUAUGUACAUUGACUCGGGAACCUCUAAUAUUUUUGAUGACGUAGACAAGAAUGACUUUAAGACAGACUUUGGUUCGGAAUUUCCAAUUUUUUCUCCAAUGCCUGGGGAGUCCUGUGAGAAUCUGAACUCCAUAUCCAUAUUAGACAGAAGGAUUUCACUGAACAGUGAAAAGUCUACAAAGAGGGAAAAACUGAGGGAACUGAUCUUCCCAUCAAACUACAACCUUCUUCGUCAUUUGCAAUAUGCAACACAUUUUCCUAUACCUCUGGAUGAAUCUUCAAGUCAUGAAUGUAACCAGCGCAUGAUUCUUCUUUAUGGUGUUGGCAAGGAACGUGAAGAGGCAAGGCAUCAGCUGAAGAAGAUUACCAAAGAUAUCUUGAAAAUCCUAAAUAAGAAAAGCACCACUGAAAACAGCGCUGGGGAUGAAGGGCAGAAAGUCAGAAAGAACAAGCAAGAAGCAUUUCCAACACUGGAGAAUGUGUUUACAAAACUGCAGCAGCUUUCAUACUUUGAUCAACAUCAAGUGUCAUGUCAGAUCUCCAACAACGUUUUGGAACAGAUUACUAGCUUUGCUUCUGGGACAUCCUACCAUCUUCCUUUGGCUCACCACAUACAGCUUAUCUUUGAUCUAAUGGAGCCUGCGCUAAAUAUCAAUGGGCUUAUUGACUUUGCUGUGCAGCUGCUGAAUGAGCUGAGUGUGGUGGAAGCUGAGCUCCUGCUGAAGUCAUCCAGCCUGGCGGGAAGUUACACAACAGGGCUGUGUGUUUGCAUAGUUGCUGUUCUGAAGCAUUACCAUGCUUGCCUCAUUUUAAAUCCAGACCAAACUGUGCAGGUUUUUGAAGGAUUAUGUGGUGUUGUCAAACAUGUUGUUAAUCCAUCAGAGUGCUCGUCCCCAGAGAGGUGUAUUUUAGCUUAUCUCUAUGAUCUCUAUGGUUCUUGUAGCCAUCUCAGAAGCAAAUUUGGAGAUCUUUUCAGUAGUGCCUGUUCAAAAGUAAAGCAAACCAUCUAUAGUAAUGUGCAGCCCUCAAACUCCAAUUUGUUAUGGGAUCCAGAAUUCAUGUUGGAUUUUAUUGAGAACCCCUCAAUUCGCAGCCUCAACUAUUCUAUGUUGGGCAAGAUCUUGAGUGACAAUGCACCUAGUCGUUAUAGCUUUGUGUGUAAUGCCCUAAUGAAUGUAUGCAUGGGCCAUCAGGAUGCAGGAAGAAUUAAUGACAUUGCUAACUUGUGUGCAGAGUUAACUGCUUGCUGCACAGUUCUAAGCUCAGAAUGGUUAGGGGUCUUGAAAGCCCUUUGUUGCUCUUCAAACCAUGUUUGGGGAUUUAAUGACCUUCUCUGCAGUGUGGAUGUGAGUGACCUCUCAUUCCAUGACUCCUUGGCCACCUUCGUCGCAAUACUUGUAGCCCGGCAGUGUUUUUUCCUGGAAGAUGUCGUUCAGCACGUUGCACUUCCUUCUUUGCUUACAGCAGCUUGUGGAGAUCCAGAUGCUGAGCCUGGAGCAAGGAUGACAUGUCGGCUUUUGUUGCAUCUAUUUAGGACAACUGAAGUUUCCCUGCUGCCAGCUGAAAAAUCUUUCCCAGGAAUUCGAUCAUCUUGUGAUCGACAUCUUCUAAGUGCGGCUCACAACAGCAUAGAAGUGGGAGCUGUGUUUGCUGUUCUAAAAGCAAUACUGAUGCUUGGUGAUGCUGAAAUCGGAAAUAGCAGCAUCCCUUCCUUGAAAAAAUCAGAUUACUCAGUGCGAAGAUUAUUGGGUGAUCUUGAUGAUGAAAUAUGGGAUGCUGCUACCCAUGCUUUGAAACCGUGUGGAAAACCCAUCUCCAUAGAAACUGCUAGUCUCAGUGAAUAUGCCAGAUAUGUGUUAAGAAGUAUAUGCCAGCAGGAGUGGGUGGGAGAACACUGCCUGAAAGAACCUGAAAGGCUGUGUACUGACAAAGAUCUUAUCCUGGACCCAGUUCUUUCAAACAAGCAAGCACAGAAAUUGUUGCAGUUUAUCUGUUAUCCUCAUGGUGUUAAAGAAUGUGCAGAGGGUGACAAUCCACAAAGGCAACACAUCAAACGCAUUCUUCAGAAUCUGGACCAGUGGACUCUCAGGCAAUCAUGGUUGGAACUCCAGCUGAUGAUCAAACAGUGCAUGAAGGAGCCUGGUUCUGGGUCUGUGGCUGAAAUGAACAGCUUGUUGGAUAAUAUUGCAAAGGCGACAAUAGAGGUGUUUCAGCAAUCCGCUGAUCUAAACAAUAACUCUUCUAACUCUGGUAUAGGCCUCUUCAAUCCAAACUCUGUUGGAAAUGCUGACACAAAUAUUACAAGGCAGAACAGUAAAAAGACAUUCCUAAGUUCCUCUGAACGACAAGGUGUAUGGCUAGUGGCGCCCCUGAUUGCAAAACUGCCUACCUCUGUUCAAGGCAGAGUCUUGAAAGCAGCUGGAGAAGAACUAGAAAAAGGCCAGCAUUUGGGAUCAUCUUCAAAGAAGGAGAGAGACAGGCAGAAGCAAAAGAGCAUGUCUCUUUUGAGUCAGCAACCUUUCCUUUCUUUGGUACUUACUUGCCUUAAGGGACAGGAUGAGCAGCGAGAAGGGCUUCUAACAUCUCUGCAAAAUCAAGUUAAUCAGAUAUUAAGCAACUGGAGGGAAGAACGAUAUCAGGAUGAUGUUAGAGCUAGACAAAUGAUGCAUGAAGCCUUGCAACUUCGCCUUAAUUUGGUGGGUGGAAUGUUUGACACUGUGCAGAGAAGUACGCAGUGGACUACGGACUGGGCACUUUUGCUCCUUCAAAUAAUAACAUCAGGAACAGUUGAUAUGCAGACCAACAAUGAAUUAUUCACGACGGUACUUGACAUGCUGAGUGUUUUGAUCAAUGGAACCUUAGCUUCUGACCUAUCAAAUGCAUCCCAAGUGGGAUCUGAAGAGAACAAAAGAGCAUACAUGAAUUUGGUAAAAAAGCUGAAAAAAGAAUUAGGAGACAAGUGUUCAGAAAGUAUUGACAAAGUUCGUCAACUUCUGCCCUUGCCCAAACAGAUGUGUGACAUUAUUGCUUGUGAACCGAUGGGGUCACUGAUUGAUACCAAGGGAAACAAAAUUGCUGGAUUUGACUCCAUAGAUAAGAAACAGGGGCUUCAAGUCUCAACUAAGCAGAAAGUGUCCCCAUGGGAUUUAUUUGAGGGCAAUAAAAAUCCUGCUCCGCUCUCCUGGGCUUGGUUUGGUACUGUCCGCAUUGAUAGGAAAAUAAUAAAAUAUGAGGAGCAACAGCACCUUCUCCUUUAUCACACUCAUCCUAAACCCAAGCCACGAAGUUACUACCUCGAACCUUUGCCACUUCCUCCUGAAGAAGAGGAGGAGGAGGAAGAACCUACUACCCCUGCAUCUCAGGAACCAGAAAGAAAGUCAGCAGAGCUGUCAGAUCAGGGAAAGCCUUCUACAGAUGAUGAGAAGAAGGCAAAAGGCAGAAAAAGAAAGACAAAAUCAGCUUCCAGAACUGAUGAUUACCCACAGAACAGCGUAUAUAGAGUGCCUCCCAAUUAUUCACCAGUUUCUUCUCAAAUGAUACAUCAUCCUCAGUCAGCUUUGUGGGGCUAUAAUGUUAUGGGACAGCCCCAACAGACUGGCUUCUUUGUCCAGAACCAGCCUCUUCCACCAGGUGGCUCCAGGUUGGAUCCUACAGGGUCUUUUGUCCCAAGCAACACCAAGCAAGUGCUGUCUAAUAUGCUUCAGAGACGUUCCGGCACCAUGAUGCAACCACCAUCUAUUCAUGCAGUUGCUUCCCAGCAGCAGUUACUCCAGAUGAAACUGUUACAACAGCAGCAGCAGCAACAACAACAGAGGCUACUAAGGCAGCAAGCUCAGGAAAAGUUGGAGCUGGGAAACUACAGCCUGAUGAGCCUGAUGUCAAUACCUGACAAGAUCCUAGGACAGAUUAUUAAGCAGUCUGGUCAGCCAAUUGACCAGGCUGCCAUUUUUGCUCAGCAAGUUCGUCCACCUUCUCAGCUUCCACAGUAUCCAGGAAUACAACAGACCAUUCCUCAUGGCUACACAAUGUAUAGUACUCAGAUGUCAUUGCAAUCGCAGCAGGCUGGAGGUAUAGUCCUUUCACCUACCUACAGCCCCAGGGCAUAUCAAGCAGCUCAUUCAAACCCAGCUCUAAUAGAAAGGUUAAGGCAAAUGCAACAGCAGCCAAGUGGGUACAUUCAUCAGCAAGCGGCUGCAUAUCUUCAGCCUUUAACAGGCAACCAACGGUUGAUUCACCAGCCUUUGCAGCAGAAUUCCUUGGUUGGAGGGGCACUUGAUGCUAUACCUGCUGCAGCUUCUCACCCAAACCUUAACUCCGUUCAGAUGCCUCAGGAACAGAUGAGACAGAGACAGCAACACAUUCGGCAACAGAGACUCCUUCAGUUGCAGCAGCAGCAAGGUCAACAGCAGGCUCUUGGUCUCCAAGCAAUGCAACCUCAGCAACCUUUGUUUCCAAGGCAAGGCUUGCAGCAGACACAACAGCAACAGCAGACAGCUGCUCUCGUCAGACAACUCCAAAAACAGCUGUCAAGUAACCAGCCACAACAAGGUGUGAACCCGUAUGGUCACCCUUCACAUUUUUGAAAUGGGAAGAUGGGAAUAACACAAAGUGUUUGCACUGAAGAAUAGGAAAACAGAACUUGAUGCACUAGUUAUUACUAGAAAUGUCCCUCCCCUAACAGAUUUCUUUGUGCUGCAACUGAUGGGAAUAUGUAAGAAAUAGGUGAUUUUUUUUUUUUUUGCAUUUAACUAAUUAUAAAUAUCUGGAUUAUGUAGGAAUAUAUGAAGAAAAUUGUUGCUACUGAAUAUAUGGAUUUGGUGCUUUUAGGGUGUUAACACCUUCCCCCGCCCCGCCCCCCAAGAGGAUUAAAAAUCCUGAAUUUCUUUUUGUGAGGAACAAGGGUUUUUUCUUCUUAAGAACUGCACUGGACCAAACUACUGACUAAAAAGGCACUUCCUCUUUUUGCAUAUUUUUUCAUCUCUUAGUUUUUGGUAAAAUGUAUAUUGAUUUCAGUCAUGUUUAAUUUUGAACAUGUUUGUAGUUUUCAUAAGCACUUUAUAAAAAAGAAACCACGUGUUUUCAAAGUUCCUGAUAUUUUUUCCUUUGCUUUCAUUGUGUUAAUAAAGUUCCUAAAGGAGGAUUCUUACCUGUAUUCAUAAAGUUUCUAUGAAAAUGCCACAAUACAACAGUGAUACAUUUGUUUCAUUUUCCUUUCAGUGCCAGUCUCACUGGCAAGAGCAUGUACAAAGGAUCAGAUCAGUAAUCAAAGCCUGAAUAAUUAUUGUAGAGUUUUCUCAGAGGCAUUAGAUGCUUCAGGGGAAGUCACAAUAUUUAAGCCAGGGCUGCACAGUUUUGGGCCUCCAACUGAUUUUGAACUACAGCUGCCAUCAUCACCAGCUACAGUGGCAAAUAGUCAAGGAUGAUGGGAAUUGUAGUCCACAUUUGCAGGAGGGCUGAAGUUGUGCAGCUCUCAUUUAAGCCAAUAUCAGGCUCCCGUCCUGUGCAAUAUCACCAUGCACCAUGAAGUCAAUGAGGCUUCUGUAUUCCCAUUUUUUCACAAGGUUACAACCUAUACCUGUACUAGAGACCAGAGUAAUUAAAUACAUAGGUUUUGAAUCUGUUUUCCAUAGCUCCACUGGAUGUAUAUUAUCAGGGCUUCCACAACAUGUAACCGAACUCAAGGUGGCCUUUUUCUAGUACUUAGAUGUAUGGUUAUUCCAGAAUGGUUACAGAAAAUUGGUUUGCCAAAAACAAACCAUUCAGUAAACGUUUCCCAGCAUUCUACACAAUUUCCCAAAAUGGUUUCAUAAUACAGUUAAGAAUGUGGAGAAAUAAUUGUUUUCUGAAAUGCUUUAACUGCUCUGGGAGUAAUAGCACUGAAGGGUGGAAUAUAAAUUACUAAAUAUAUAGAAAACUAUAUAUUUCUGUGGUACUCCACCACUGGACCUGCCCCAUAGACAGUUCUUGCAUUAGGCUGAUGAAGUAGUAAGCUUAUGGCUAGGCUGCACCAUAUCAGACUGUGGGCCAAAGUUGACAUGAUGGCAUGCUUCAUGAAAAAAUAUGCCUACACAUUAGUGGUAACCCAAAUGAGUCAAAAUCAUUUUUAGUGGAUUUUUGGUCAUGACUUGGAGGUAUGGGGAGGAAGACUCAGUUUUGUGCAAUUCCCAUGGAACUUUUUAUUUUCAGAAAAUACCCUUUUUUACAGAAUAUUUACAGAAUAUCCCUUUUUUAUUUACAGAAAACACCUUUUUUUAACAGAAUAUUUUACAGAAUCUUCCUUUUUUAUUUACAGAAGGGAAAUGGCUGCUGGUGGCGGUAGCAGUUCUUCAAGCUCUAUUGCUCUUCCUGGCAGUCGGCUCCUGCCAGCUGCCAUUUCCCUACACAGGACACAUCUGGAAUGGCAUGUCAUUCCAAAAAUUGACUUUCAGGGGGGUGGGGAUGGCAGUCCUGUAUGUGUGGGGGUGGCUCCGUACAGGGAGCCACCUCCCCACACAACUCCAGAAUGCACCUGGAACAAAAAACUGGCUUGAUGCUGCAUCAUUUUGGGUGACUUUGGCAAAGGUAAAGUGUGCCAUCGAGUCGAUGUCGACUCCUGGCAACCACAGAACCAUGUAGUUUUUCUUUGGUGUAGAGUACAGGAGGAGUUUACCAUUGCCAUCUCCCGUGCAGUAUGAGAUGAUACCUUUCAGCAUCUUCCUGUAUCUCUGCUGCCUGAUAUAGGAGUUUCCCAUAGUCUGGGAAAUAUACCAGCAGGGAUUCGAAUGGGCAACCUCUGGCUUGUUAGUCAAGUCAUUUCCCCACUGUGCCAUUAGGUGACUUGGAGGAGAAGACAAAUGGUUGUCAGGAACUGUCUCCCAGGAAGAGCAGCAAUGCUUCCAGCACUGCUGCUGCUACCACUUGCAGAAGUACAGUACUACUUUCUGUCAAGAGAAAAGAUAAGCCCCAACCAUGAAAAAGUUCUGUGGGCCUGCACCCUUCCAAAAAAGUCCUCCACCAUUUUUGGCCAAGGGUGUCGUAAGGUUGCCAGAACCUAAGGGGUAUACUUGUGGGUCAAAUGGGCCGUAACCCAAAGUUCGGCUUAAAAAAACCCAAACCUGCCAACCAUAGCUAACCAAUAUUUCAGAAAGAAGACCUUUCUUUAUAUGAAGGAACAUUCAAACCUGCAGUCUGAAGUGGUGCAAUCCAGACCCAGGUUUACCCCUUCAUGGACUGUUGUGAGGUCAUAGUUCCCUAGUCAUGGAUAUAAUUACUUGUUACUUUGUAUGGUAGGUAUUCAAAAGUUUAAACUUUGGUUAUUGUGUAAAUACAGCUGUAUUUAUAAAUUUGCUUCAAAAGCACAAGUAAAUUAUUAAUCAAAUUUACUAUAAAAAUGAAAACUACUUUAACUUUGUGGAAGUGAUAUUUACUCAUAUUCGAGUGAAGAAUAAUCAGAAGAAAUUACUACUGUUUUGUGAAAUUUGAGUAAUCUGUAAUACCUUUUUAGAUUUAGAUGCACAAAUUUUGAACGUGAUCAUGUAGGACAUUUAAAAAAAAUACUUGAGACUAUUUUACCAUGUUUUCUGUAUGAACUUUUCAUUUCCCUUGUGAUGAGAUUACAGUAAGGCGUACUGUGAAUUAAACCUCUGCCGAGCAAAUUAGCCAGAUUAUGUAAAAUAAAAUUUGCAUUGCACAGGCCAAUGCAUUUAUAUCUUCCCAUAGGAUGUCAGAAUCUUUACUGUAAUAAAUAUUUUCUGUGAA